GCACAGCCUGUCCAUCAUCCAAGCGGAAGCAGGGACACAGCCAACCGUAGGCUUCUGUGUGAAGACUUAGCAGACAUGAACUCCUUGGAACAGGCCGAAGGUAAGUCACACUGAAAGCACCUUAAUUUUUCACGGUUUUGCACCAGCCGCUUUUUGAUUUUAUCCUCGCAGCUACUACCGUGAUAUAAAUUCAACAUAUGACUCCUAAGGUGUAACUUCAAAGCGGGGUGCAACGUCGUGGACGCCGGCUAGCAGACUGCUCACGACUCUUAGCAUGUCUGCUAGCUGAACUGAACUGACAAAUGUAAGCUCGGUUAAAUGCUGUUUCAGAAUGAUCAUACGGUAUUCACGUUUGUAAAAGUCUAUAUUUGUUCAUACUGGAGAUAUAGUAGGACAUAAAGCUAGUUUUUGUCAGCACUCCUGUCAUGUCUCACUUUUGAGCCCAUCGUACCAAACAUGUUUUGGGAAUCCAAACAGUAGCUUUCUCAGUUUUAUAAGUUUGACCGCCCGAAUUAAAGGACACUUCAGAGUUAGAUAAAAAUUCAAGUUUGAGACUGCUAAAGAUGGAAAGAGGGAGAGAUGACUGAAACAUUUUUCACAGUGGAAUUAUUAGUUCCUAAGAAAUAGGCCAAAACAAGAUGUGUCUUUAUGUCUUCUUUAUUUCAGACCUGAAGGCUUUUGAGAGAAGACUGACGGAGUAUGUCUCUUGUCUGCAGCCCGCUACAGGCAGGUGGAGAAGUAAGUAGUAACAUCCAACAACAGUGGUUAUCUUAACUUAGCAAAGUGCAUGUAUCAGCCAUCUGACUUCAACAUCAUAUUAAUGUUUAAAACAAAUCAUGACAAGACAUCAAGUAAAGUAAUGCCAAGAAUGGGCCAGACAUGAUCAUGGAUUGAAGUUUUACAUCAUCUCAUAUUGUUUUACGACUAAAAGCAUUUAACCCCUGUUGAAGUCAUUGUGUGUUGUUUAACUGGGUCUCUCUUGUUGCAUUUCAGUGAUUUUAAUUGUGGUGUCUGUCUGUACGGCCACUGGAGCUUGGAACUGGUUAAUAGAUCCUGACACACAAAAGGUUUGUCUUUGCAGAAAACAUCUCAUAAAAUGUUAUUUCUAGUUUCAAAGAAACUCAGAGCUCUUAUUACAUAUCAGGAUAGUCAACAGCAAUCAAUGCAACUAUUAUCCUCUAACAUAUUUGGGUGUAAUGGUUUUAUCGUGUAGCUACGGGCUACAUGAUAAAACUAUUAGAGAUCAGUGAGUUUAUUUGAGUGAAGCACCAAUGUAGUGAAAAUUGAGUAAAAUGUAAGUAAAAAUGUUUAUGAGCAAAUUCAAUGGAGGCUGCACAACAGGUGAUGCACAAUAAAUUUCACCUAGAAUGGCUCAGAGUUGGUUUGGAAAAAAUUAAAAUAAAGAACCCUGCUAGAGGAUGUCAUGCCUGCACUUCAAGGGUCUUUCUCACAUUAAAGGGAUAUUCUGGUGUAAAAUUAAUUUAGGGUCAAACACACCCCAACACCUAGUUAGACACCCCCUCGAGAGAUGAAUGUUGCCGACCGCUUGCUUCUCUAGUUAUACCAACUUUAGUAACAACCACAUAAUAGCAAUACACAGCGGUCUGAGGAGCCGUACACAAACCUCAACCAAAAAACCACUUUAUAGCCACAAAUAAUGCCCAAAACAGCACCUACCUUCAUCAGCAGUACAUAUAGGGUCCCAGCCACAGUACUAGCCACCAAACAUCUUUUUAGCUUUGCCUAAUUUCUUUAGCACAGAGACUAAACACAACUCACCUACUCUGUUCCAGCAGCCGCUUGUCUGUAGCGAGACAUCGGACUAGUCCAUUACGGACUGGUGCAGGGUGAUGCAGCCUCAGGAAGAACAUUUAUGAUCAUUUCUUCAUGGAAAUGCAAUCAGACCGAGACGCUGAGGCAGAGGAACUACCGCGUCUGAAGUGCAAAAUGAUUAAUAUGGUGAUUAUUACUUCAAAGAAAUUAUCAUAAAUGUUCUUCCUUGAGCUGCGUCCCCCUGCAGCAGUCCGUAAUGGACUGGCCUGAGGUCUCGCUACAAACAAGCGGCUGCUGGAAGAGAGUAGGUGAGUUGUGUUUAGUCUCUGUGCUAAAGAAAUCAGGCAAAGUUAGAAAGAUGUUUGGUGGCUAGUGCUGUGGCUGGUUCCCUAUAUGUUCUGUAGAUGAAGAUAGGUGCUGUUCUGAGCAUUAUUUGUGGCUAUAGAGUGGUUUUUGGUUGAGGUUUGUUUAUGGCUCCUCAGACCGCUGUGUAUUGCUAUCGUGCAGUCAUUACUAAAGUUGGCAUAACUAGAAAAGCAAGCAGUCGGCAACAUUCAUCUCUCGAGGGGGUGUCUAACUCGGUGUUGCGGUGUGUUUGACCCUAAAUUAUUUAUACCCCCAGUAUCCCUUAAGAUUUUGAGACUCAAGUCAAACCAAUCUAGCUUCAAUGCCUCAAAAAGUGCCAGUAAUGUCUUUACUGUUUGUGUAAAACCUAAAAACACAUUGGUGGACCCAGUCAGUGUUAUCUGAUACUUUUCUCUGAUGCCUCUUACUUGCUUCAAGAACAACUAUAAAAGGGAAUGUUUGUUGUAAUUGGAUAAUUUAUGUUGCUUUAUCUGUCUGCUCCAGGUUUCUUUCUUUUCAUCGCUGUGGAAUCAUCCUUUCUUUACCAUCAGCUGCAUCACUCUCAUAGCUCUUUUUUUUGCUGGGAUACACAAACGAGUUGUGGCACCAUCGAUGUAUCCUUUUCCAGUUGUGGGUAAUGUGAAGUCAUGUGAUAACUUUUUCAUCAUUGUCAUAACUCGGCAACUGCCCAGAGAUGAAAAGUUUAACCUGAGUGACAGCAAAGUGAAGAUCAUGCAGAACAUUCGAGUUACUGCAAUUUUAUUCAUGAUGCUGAAUUUCUGACCCACUGGUUAACAUCUUUGACUGAUGCUCCUCAAGUAUCGCUGCUCGCUGUCGGACAGUUUUAGCAGAAUACAACAUGUCCUGUGAUGAUGUAAGUCAACAAAUGUCUCUAAAGUUUGAACAUCCGUUUUACUUCGAGAAAACUUCUGCUGGAAAACUCCUUCUUUGUUUUCUUCCAGACAGGGAAACUGAUUCUCAAGCCACGGCCAAACAUCCAAUGACCAAAAGCUGGAGUGUGGAGUUCAGAUAACGUACUGAGUAUUUGUUGGAUGCUGAUCACUCUAGGUCUAAAGUUCUCUGACUGGUUUGAACCUGCAACAAGGACUGAUGGAGAAGUCACACUGUUCUGUAGGUGAUGGGUAAAUGAAGAAGUUAAUUGAAGGGGCCUUUUAACUGGAUUGCUGGUUAAUCUCACCACUGGAGAGGCAGAUCUACUCAUUUGUUCUUGAUAUAUUGUUUAUUUCUGAUGUUGAGCAUGUAUUUUAUCUAAGUCUUUCUAUUUUUAAAGUUAUUUACCAAAUAAAUACUUAAGAUAUAAACA